GUUCUCCAGGUGUUUAAUUCGCGGAGUAUUCAUAAACAGGUCCAUUUUGCCUGGCCACUCUCAAGAUUCUUUGAAUUGUUAGCUGAAUCUGCAAAAAGCUUGUAAACGGGUGAACGUCGUAGGUGAGGGGUGACUUAUAAAAACAGGCAAAAAGAUCGUUUAUCGACUACAUGUUGUCCAGUUUGCAAGUUUUCACACUGUGUUACUUUGUUCAACCUUAAUAUCCACCAUGAUCGUGCCGAAGUACAUGCCUUGUCUGGUUCUGUUCAUCGUCCAUCAGAGCGUGUUCGGAAGUCGUAUUAUGGAAAGAUGGGGUGCCGUACUUAACCGGACUCCAGCAACAACCACCACUACCACCGCACCAACAACGACAACGCCGUGCCCGACAUGCCACGUCUCCGGCAAACAAUACUGCCCAGACUGGGUAACAAGCGAAAGCUGGUGCUUCGGCGAUCCCUUCAUGAUUUUGAAAGAACGAACGGACCUCGACUGCGUUGAGAAGCAUAUUCGUGGGGGACCGGGCACCACCGAUGAGAGCAAAGUUUCCUGGGCGGCUGAUGUGUAUCAUCUGGGAUUGUGGCGUAAUAUUCCAGUAACAAACGGGACCAGUUAUGACGAAAACUUCGAAAAGUUGCAGAAGUGCACCAAAUUUUACGGAAUAGGAAAGGGCCUAACAAGCCUGUUGGGAUGCGAAUUUCAGUGCGAAAAAUAUGUCAACUUCUUUCAGAAAGGAGCACCCAAGCUUCCCAAGAGCCAUUGAUACUCGUUUGAUUUAUGUACGUGACAGAUUUAGAUUUGCAUUUUCAUCACGUUAGCACGUUAUUCAUCGAACUCUGUCUAUUUUCUUUGCAACUGAAAAAAAUACACAU